AUGGAGAAGGUCAUCUACGAUUUCUACUCAAAUCUUUUCGACAGCCACGUCUACCUGCCUACCCACCAUCUUAGGCAAGAUGAUUGUAUCACACCUUCGCUUCUCCAUUCCGAAAUUCGACAUGCCAUCACGUUGAUGGAGAAUUGUACGGCGCCCGGUCCCGACAGGAUAAACCAGAACAUCUGA